AUGAGCGAAGAAGAAGGCCUGUUUCGCUCGGCGAGCAUGUCACUGAUACAGCUGUACAUUCCGUCGGAGAGUGUCCAUGCUACAGUGACGGAGCUGGGCGAACUUGGCAACGUCCAGUUCCGAGAUCUCAACCCUGACGUGACGCCAUUCCAGCGCACAUUCGUGGCAGACAUUAGGCGCCUCGAUGAGAUGGAUCGACGGAUCCAGUUCUUGCAAGCACAGCUCGAGCGCGAGGCCAUUCCUGCGCGCGCACUGGAAAGUGCUAUCCCAUUCCUCACAGCGGACGAUGGCAUGAAUGGGCCUCUGCGGCUCGAAGAGCUUGCACGGCGCCUGCAAGAGCACGAGACGCGCGUUACGCAGAUGAACCAUAGCCAUGAUGCGCUGCAGAAGCGUCUGCUCGAGCUCGAAGAGGCGAAGAAUGUGAUCCGCGAGACCGAAGUGUUUUUCCAGCACGCAGAGUCGCCACCAGCGGCGGCCAGCGAUGCAGACCAUGUGCGUGUGAGCAUGGAUGAGGAAGGGCGCGAGGACGAGGCACAUGCGCCGCUGUUAACGAGCCAGGGCUCAGGCGUGCGCAACAUGGGAGCAAUAGCGCCUGUGGACUUGGAGUUUGUCGCUGGUACGAUCGAACGCACCCAGAUGGCGACCUUGGAGCGUGUGCUUUGGCGAGCCCUGCGUGGCAACCUGUAUAUGAACUAUGCCGAGAUCCAGCAGGCAUUCGAGGACCCAGCGCGCGACGAGCCCGUCUUCAAGAAUGUGUUUGUGAUCUUUGCACACGGCUCGACGAUCCUGUCCAAGAUCCGCCGCAUCUGUGAGUCGAUGGGCGGUACGCUGUACCCGGUUGCGAGUGAUCCAACGCAGUGCAGGGAGAAUCUGCACCAGGUCCUUGAGCGCAUCGAGGACCACGAGAAUAUUUUGUAUUCUACGAAUGCGACGCGGCGCACAGAGCUCGUGCGUGUGGCGGAAUCCAUCGAGGCGUGGCAAGAUCUCGUGCGCCGCGAGAAGCUCGUGUACAGUACGAUGAACCUGUUCCAGACAGAGGUGAACCAGAAGACGUUGGUUGCUGAGGGCUGGGCGCCCACAACCGAGCUCGCCACCGUGCAGCUGGCGCUCCGCCGCGCGACUGAGUCGACUGGCGCACAUGUGUCGUCGGUCAUGCAGACGAUGCAGACGAAGGAGACGCCGCCGACGUUCCAGCGGACGAACAAGGUGACGGAAGGAUUCCAAGCCAUCAUCGAUGCAUAUGGCCAUGCGCGAUACCAGGAAGUGAACCCAGGUCUCUUUACGGUCGUCACGUUCCCAUUCCUUUUCGCUGUUAUGUUUGGCGACGUGGGGCAUGGCGUUCUCAUGUCGCUGAUGGCCGGGGCAAUGGUGCUGUACGAGCGCAAGCUCCAACGCACGCGUCUGGACGAGAUUUCAUCCAUGUUUUUCUAUGGCCGCUAUAUCAUUUUGUUCAUGGGCAUCGCGUCCAUCUUUACGGGUCUUAUCUACAACGAUAUCUUUAGUCGAAGCAUGCAUCUGUUCCACAGCGGCUGGGAGUGGCCCCGUGCCAAUGGCACACUCACAGCUGAGCCAAACGGUCGUGUGUACCCGAUAGGACUCGAUCCCAGCUGGCACGGUGCGGAGAACAACCUCGUGUUCACCAACUCGUUCAAGAUGAAGUUGUCGAUUGUGCUGGGCGUCGCUCACAUGACGUUUGCGCUCCUGCUCAACGUGCCGAACCACUUGCACUUCAAGCGGCCAACGUGGAUUUGGGCCGAGCUCGUGCCGCAGAUGCUUUUCCUUGAGGCGCUCUUCGGCUACCUGGUCAUUACGAUCAUCUACAAAUGGUCAACAGACUGGUACGCGAAGGAUGCGAACGGCAACAACCUGCACAACUCGCCACCUGGUCUUUUGAACAUGCUCAUCUACAUGUUCCUCAAGCCAGGUGCCGUCGAUCCCGAGCAACAGCUAUAUGCGGGCCAGGCAUCCGUUCAGUCCCUCCUUCUCCUCGUCGCCAUGGUGUGUGUGCCGUGGAUGCUUGUCGCAAAGCCAUACCUGCUAUACCGGGAGCACAAGCACCGCGAAGGCGCGGGUUACCACACAGUAGGCUCCUCGCGCGGCGAGCAGCGUGUAAAUGACGUCGACGAGGCUGAGCGUGAGCUAGAGUCAGACUUCAUCGAUGGCGGCGCUGACGGCGACGACGGUGAGUCGGAGGAGGAAUUCGAGCUGGGCGAAGUUGUGAUCCAUCAGAUCAUUCACACGAUCGAGUUUUGCCUUGGCUGCAUUUCGAACACGGCGUCGUACCUGCGUCUGUGGGCUCUCUCGCUUGCUCAUGCUCAGCUGUCUCAGGUGUUGUGGGACAUGACGAUCAAGACGGUCUUUGGCAUGACGGGCGUGCUGGGCGUGUUUGCUACGGUAUUUGCCUUUGCGCUCUGGUUCGUCUUGACCAUUGCGAUCUUGUGUGUUAUGGAGGGACUUUCAGCCUUUUUGCAUGCGCUUCGUUUGCACUGGGUCGAAGGCGGUUCGAAGCACUACAUGGCCGAUGGUUAUCCGUUUGAGCCGCUGACAUUUGCACCGCAGGACUCGUAA